AUGCAUGCAAGCCCAAGGGGACUUGAUAAUGCUCAAAUGUGCCAUGGGCAAAUGGCGGAUGGGCAGACGGUGUGGAUUGUGCCUCCAGUUGGAGCUGAAAAUAGGCACUCUCAACAAAGGGUUAUUGGACAAAGGAACCAAUUGACCACACGAAGAAAGCAAAUUCACGCAGACGACAAGCUCUUUCACAUGUACACACAUGUCACCAAGACUGGGGGCAAUAACCUUUUGGCUACUUCACGAGGCUGGGAGGCCGGCAAAAGAGAAAUCACCAAAGUGUCCUUGAUUGUUGCUUUGCGUGAAUUCAUUGUCAUGCGUCAAAUUGGGUUGGCGGCCAUGGCAACAAGCAUACAUAUCCGUCACUAG